GAUUUGAUCAAAACGUUAUUGUGAUUAUGUAGGUUGAACAUGUAAUUCGAGAACAAAAUAUUAUGGCUGCAAAUGAGUUCAUUGAGCUUUUCUGCGAAUUAGUGGUGACCAGACUUUCUGUCAUUGCAAAGCAAAGAGAAUGUCCAGCUGAUCUGAAAGAAGGGAUAUCAAGUUUAAUAUUUGCAGCUCCUAGGUGCUCGGAUAUUCCCGAACUGUUAGCAAUUCGAGAUGUUUUUGAGAAGAAAUACGGGAAGGAUUUUGUUUCCACAGCUACCGAUUUACGACCCAAUGCUGGUGUUAAUCGCACGCUCAUUGAAAAGCUCUCGAUACGGUCCCCGACUGGUGAAACAAAGUUGAAAGUUUUGAAGGAAAUAGCAAAAGAAUAUCAGGCUAAUUGGGAUACAACAGAAUCGGAGACCGAACUACUUAAGCCUCCAGAAAAACCUAUAGAAGGACCAAACAACUUUGUAAGUGCCAGUAGCUUACCUUUGAAGUCAAUCCCCGAGAAAUCUCCUGAGCCAAAUAUUUUAACACGCAGAUGCUUGAACAAUGAACAGAGCAAUAUUUUGCACUAUGAAAACCCAGCAUCAGCUGCUGAAGCAGCUGCCAAUUUUGCAAAGAAAGCCGCUUCUGCUGCUGAAGCAGCUGCCAUUCUCGCCAACAGAGAGGCAAAUGUGUCAGGUAAUUUUCGUGCUACGAGUAACAGAUAUGCUGUCCAAAAGAGUAUGAAGGACAGUAGUUAUGGGAAUUCUCAGAGUCUCAGGGGGGCAGAGAUGAGGCCCCAUGACGUCGAAGCUCAAAGUACGCAGAGAAGACAUAGCUAUAAUAUUCCGUCGGCACAUUUAGAUAUUAAGUACGAAGAAUCGGAUUAUGAUGAAGAAAUCGAGAUGGAAGAACCAACAAGUGGUGUUCCAAAGUUGGCCAAAGAAACUACUGAUAAGGAUAACAGAAAGAUCUAUAGAACGCAAAGCGACAACUACACUGUUCCAACUGGACCCUCAGAUAUCAAGUUUGAUGAGUCUGAUUGUGAUGAUGAUCCAGAUGAGGCGGAUGAGUUUCUAAGACGAACUAAUUUUCCACCCAAUAUGCCUACACAGGAACAGUUUCCAGUUAGACGUGUGCAUCCCAAAUUGCCCGACUAUGACAUGCUUGCUGCUCGUUUUGAAGCACAUAAACAUGGUAGACCGCCAACCUGAAUUGUUGGAGUAACCUUGUGUUAUUUUCUAUGCUUUAUAUACAUGUUGUUAUUCUGGAGAUAUAGUAUAUACUAUUUAAUUGGCUUAUGCUUAUGUGAUGACAUUGGGAGUUAGGAGUUAUCUUGAGGCGAUAAAAUAAUACUAGGAAAUAAUGUUUGUCAUUGGAUCAUUAUGUUACUUCAACACCACCCUUUGCUCACUGUAUUGUAAUGGAAUUCUUUGAGAUUCGUAUCGAAGUAUUUCAAUGUGAACAACCUUGUUAUGUUGUCAGGAUUGGUUAUAGAAAAUUUUUUGGUUG